UCCCCCAAAGGUGUGUGCGGAAGAGCUCUGUCUCAGGUGCUUCGUGACGAUACAAGAAGACCUGCAGACAUUUGGAUUUAACCUUAACGAAGUGAUAAUAUAGUCAUUUUUAUAAAGAAUAAGCUACACAUCUACUAUUCAUUACAACACUGGUGUGAAGGUAAAGCUGAUCCUGUUGGACUUCAGUGGGAGGGCGCUUUUGGAAGAUGCAUUCCGCCCGAUAUGAAUACAACGGCCGCAAUGGCCGUCACGAGCAGAUUGACUUCCUUACCAACAAAGAAAAGCCGUCGUCAAAGCGGAAGAUCGGCAUGGUGAUCGGGGUUGUGGUGGCUCUUCUCAUCCUUGCCGCCGUUGCAGCAUUCCUCAUUUGGCUGUUUCUCUUUAAAGAUGCUGAUUCAGAAGGCAGUUAUAAUAUGCGGCUCGGGCCUUCACAGCAGGUCUACAGUGGGCAUAUGAAGUUGGUUGAUGUACCGUAUGACCAGAAGCUGGAGGACACCAACAGCAAGGAGUUCGACAAAUUGGCAGACAACCUGGAGGCACUACUUUUACAAAACUACAAGAAAGAUCCUCUCCUCGGAAAAUACUACAGCAAGUCUGUGGUCACUGCUUUCAGUGAGGGUGUGAUCGCCUACUAUUGGUCCGAGUUUAUUAUUCCUGUCGAAGACCUGGAGAUCGAGCCGGAGUUCUCAGAGGAGCGAGUGCUGGAGGUGUUGGAGAAAGGCAUGAAGGAGCAGCGCAGCCUUGGGAACCCCGAGGAUAUCAAGAUUAGUGAAGUCACAGCCUCAUUCACAGAUUCCCGCAUGGCCAGGAACCCCAGAGCCAAUGAGUGUUUCUUCCGUCUGGAGGCUUCCGAUACGACACAGACAUUUCAUUCACCAGGCUACCCUAAGGGCUAUCCCCCCAAGUCACGGUGUCAGUGGCAAAUACGAGCUUCAGAGGCUGACGCCAUAACGGUUUCUUUUCCUUUUUUCCACAUCGAGGAUGACUGCUCAGAUGACUUUGUCUCCAUCUAUGACUCUUUGAGUCCAGAUGACUCCCAGGCCAUCACAGAGAAGUGCGGUCAGAGGCCCCCCUCCAACCCCCUUGAGGUGGUGUCAUCCGGCAACAUCAUGCUGAUUAAUCUGAUUACUGACAGCGUGGUCCAGAGGCCUGGCUUCCUGGCUAAGUACAAAGCCAUCCCCAGGGAAAAAGUUAAAGUGUGUGGCGGCCAACUCCCUGAAAACAAAGGAGUCUUCACCUCCCCACUUCACCCCAGCUUCUAUCCCCCUGCAGUGGACUGCAAGUGGACCAUCAAGGUCCCUGCUGGGAAAUAUGUGCGUCUGAGGUUCACCAUGUUCCGCAUGAAAGAGCCUGGGGUGGAUAUCCGUGUAUGUCACAAAGACUAUGUGGAGGUGUUGGGCACCAAGUAUUGUGGCGAAUUGUCCUCUUUGGCUCUGACCAGCAAAAACAACGUCCUAGAGGUGAUGUUUCACUCCGACGAGUCCUUCGCUGACAAAGGCUUCAGUGCCGAGUACAGCGCUUACGAUCCCGCAGACCCUUGCCCCGGCAAGUUUGCCUGCGCCUCCGGCAUCUGCAUCGCAAAAGAACUGAAGUGUGAUGGCUGGAAUGACUGUGGUGAUAUGAGCGACGAGAUGAAGUGCGAGUGUGACACUGAUCAGUUUGGUUGUUCCAAUGGCCUGUGCAAACCGAAACUCUGGGUGUGCGAUCGAGUCAAUGACUGCGGAGAUGGGAGCGAUGAAAAGAGUUGCAGUUGUCAGCCGAACGAGUGGCGCUGUGGUGACGGGCAGUGUUUGCCUCAGGACGUUGUGUGCGACAAAAAGAAAGACUGUGAAGAUGGAAGUGACGAGGCCUCUUGUGAAACCUCUCCAGGCGUCUGCUCUGAGUUCAGCUUUAAGUGCGGGAACAGCGACUGUGUCAACAAGGUGAAUGCCGAAUGCGACCGCGUCAAAGACUGCUCUGAUGACUCCGACGAGGACAGCUGCUCGUGUGGCACCAGGCCGUAUAAGCUGAACCGCAUCGUGGGAGGGCAGAACGCUGCCGUGGGGGAAUGGCCCUGGCAGGUCAGCCUUCACUUCCAGACCUAUGGGCAUGUGUGUGGGGCCUCAAUCAUAUCAGAGAAGUGGAUCCUCUCCGCCGCUCACUGCUUUUCAACCACCAGCCCAGAGAAUCAUGUUGCCUCCAACUGGCAGACCUACAAUGGCAUGCAGGAUCAGUACAAGCAGGAUGGAGUGCAGCGCCGGCCGGUGAAGAAGAUCAUCACCCACCCAGAUUACAACCAGAUGACCUUUGACUAUGACAUUGCACUGCUGGAGCUCAGCGAGCCGCUGGAGUUCACCAACACCAUCCAGCCCAUCUGCCUACCUGCUCCCUCCCACAUCUUCCCUGCAGGCACGUCCUGCUGGGUCACAGGCUGGGGCGCGAUGCGAGAAGGAGGUUCAAAGGCUCAGCUACUGCAGAAGGCGAGUGUGAAAAUCAUCAACGACACGGUGUGUAACAUUGUCACCGAGGGCCAACUCACCUCCAGAAUGCUCUGCAGUGGAUUCUUGUCCGGAGGAGUUGACGCAUGCCAGGGAGACUCCGGGGGCCCCCUGGUGUGUUUCGAGGAGAGUGGGAAAUGGUUCCAGGCCGGCAUCGUGAGCUGGGGCGAGGGCUGCGCUCGUCGGAACAAGCCUGGUGUCUACACGCGCGUCACCAAGCUGGUAGACUGGAUCAAGAAGGAGACAGGGAUUUGAUGAGGUCGGUAGGAUCAGAAAAGGGACACAGAACGGGGAACAACAUCAAAGUGCUAAAAAUAAUGGAGACGGAACUUUGAGUCGUAUUCAGGACAAGUCUCUCCAAGAUCUAUUCAUGUAGCAGCAGACAGCUGAGGAUACUGCUGCACCGACCCAACUACUCUCAUGAAUGAAAGCAACUUAUUUUAUGUAGACGAAACUCUGCAAAGUGUCUUUUGACACACAUCAAAAUAGUCAUAUUUCACUGGUGAAUCUAUCCUAAGAGAAAAUGAGGAAAUAUGCAUAUUCUAGGAAUUUUGUUCCUAAUAUUUGUCAAAUGCAACUUUAAGAUGGAUGGAGAAACUAAAAAGGUUAUACAGUUUAAAAAGAAAAAAAAAAAAGGAAAUAUGGCUCUUUUGGGCUGCAGUCAGUUUGGAACUGUGCCAGUCGGUUAAUGCUGUAAAUAACUAGACAUUGAGGUUUUUAUUAAUCGAAUAUCCUAUCAGACCGUAAAUGGGGUUCGGCCUGUUUGCAACAAACAAGUUAUCUACAAGUAUUUUCCAAAGCAUUGCAUAGGUUUUUAUAUUGAUUAAACUAUUUGUAUUUAGCCAUUAGUCUCAGUUGUUAUCAGUAAACUGUAAACAUUAACUUUUAGCGCUUUCUGCAUUUCCAUAUAUUUUUUAUGAUAAAAACAAAAUAAAGACUCUUCAGUCAUCAUGUUGCUCAAAUCCAUGCAGGGGCAUUUUCAUAACAUACAAACAUAUUCAAGCCAAAAAGCCUACAGUAUAAAAGUCAUGUUUGGUAUACCGAAUUGUACCAACUGUACGUUUUUUUUUGUAGUUGUUGUUGUUAUUUAUUUAAGGGGUAAAAAUUAAGAAGAAAAACAUGUUGAAGGUAUCACUCAAUGGAUCUAUUUUUCAUAAUUGUAAAUGUGUAUUGUGUGAAAGCAGGGAGAAGCCACAACUUUAAGAUAUUUUCUUGUACAGUGUCUUUGGAAUAUGGACAUUGUAUAACCUUUCUUUGUUUGUCUGUGCUUGCAAAUGUUUUUAUACUAAUGAGUCUUAGCAAUAAACAUAUUUGAUCGGAUUCCUCAUCACCUAAUUG